AUGAACUCUGCGGACGAUCUGUACCGGGAGCUGCGAUGGAAUAACCAGUUCCAAGUUAUGGGCACGUUGCCGCGAAACCUGCAGCAAGUGAUAGACGAGCGGACACGCGGUUCCGGGGCUGGGACAACGGUUGUUGCGUACGAUGGUAGGUCUGGCGAGGAGGGACAGGCUGCUGUGCAGCGGUACCAGCAGCUUGUUGCGCAGAAACCGCAGUGGCAUGCGCCCUGGAGGCUGAGCAAAGUGAUCAAUGGGCAUCUUGGGUGGGUCCGGUGCGUGGCCGUCGAGCCCGUGGACAACGAGUGGUUUGUCACUGGGUCGAACGAUACGACGCUGAAAGUGUGGGACCUGGCCUCUGGGAAGUUGAAGCUGACUCUUUCGGGCCACACGAUGGGCGUCAGGGACGUGGCUGUGUCCGAGAGGCACCCGUAUAUGUUCAGUGCCUCAGAGGACAAGCUGGUGAAAUGCUGGGACUUGGAGAAGAACACCGCCAUUAGGGACUACUAUGGCCACCUGUCCGGUGUCCACACCGUGGAUAUUCACCCGACAUUGGACCUCAUUGCCACUGGUGGCAGGGACGCCGUGGUGAAACUGUGGGACAUACGUACGCGGAAGGCUGUGAAGACGCUCGUGGGUCACAAAGCGCCCAUCACCAAAGUGAAGUGUACCCCAGUGGACCCUCAAGUCGUGAGCAGCUCCACGGACACGACGGUGCGGUUGUGGGACAUAGUCGCUGGUAAAUCGAUGAAAGUGCUCACACACCACAAAAGGGCCGUGAGGUCAAUUGCAUUGCACCCGGGCGAGUUCUCACUAGCGUCCGCGUGCACAGACGACGUGCGGUCCUGGAGACUGCCGGAGGGGUCGCUGCUAACGAACUUCCAGUCGCAGUCGACUGGUGUGAUCAACACGCUUUCGAUCAACGACGAUAACGUCAUGUUCGCUGGCGGGGAUAACGGGGUCCUGUCCUUCUACGAAUACAAGUCUGGCCAUUUGUACCAGCAGACAUCGACGCAAGAGGUUAGAGGGUCCCUGGAGAGUGAACGUGGCGUGCUCACGAGCACGUUCGAUGCCACAGGGCUGAGGUUGAUCACGGGUGAGGUGGACAAGAGCAUAAAGAUUUGGAGACAUGUGGAGGACGCAACAGAGGAAAACCAGCCAGGGUUACCGUGGAAUCCAAACCUGUCCGGACAGAGAUUUUGA